AUUUCUCAUCUCUAUCUAAACACCUCAGAUUUCUGUACUUUUCCCUCACAGGAGAGAAGCUAUUCAAGUUUGUGGGUUGGUUGGUGGGAUCCAUUUGUCAUCGUCUUCCCUAAUUUCUGACCAUUUUCAUUCUGUAAUCUCUGCUUCAGUUUUCGUUUGGUUGGUUGGAGGAAACAAUUUCAAAUCUCUGGUGCUUGAUCUUGCUUGCUACAUAGAUGGCUUCUAUAGCUGUAGAACCCAUAUCCGGAUUAAGACAACCUUCAAGAAAUGCAGCAGCUGCUGCUGAUAAGCUUCCUGAUGAGAUGAAUGACAUGAAAAUUAGAGAUGAAAAGGACAUGGAAGCCACUGUAAUUGCUGGAAAUGGUGCAGAAACAGGACAUAUUAUUGUCACCACCAUCGGAGGAAGAAACGGCCAACCUAAGCAGACAAUUAGUUAUAUGGCUGAGCGAGCAGUAGGACAAGGUUCGUUUGGAAUAGUUUUUCAGGCAAAAUGUUUAGAGACCGGCGAGACAGUCGCGAUAAAGAAAGUCCUGCAAGACAAGCGAUACAAGAACAGAGAGCUACAAACGAUGCGAUUAAUUGACCAUCCGAAUGUAGUUUCGUUGAAACAUUGUUUCUUCUCUACAACCGAAAAGGAAGAACUGUUUCUGAAUCUGGUCUUGGAAUAUGUCCCUGAAACUGUUCAUCGCGUUAUUAAACAUUACAAUAAGAUGAACCAAAGAAUGCCCAUGAUCUAUGUUAAAUUAUAUACCUUUCAGAUAUUUAGAGCCCUUGCUUACAUCCAUGGUGUUCUUGGAGUCUGUCAUAGAGAUAUCAAACCUCAAAAUCUUCUGGUUAAUCCACAUACCCAUCAAGUGAAACUGUGUGAUUUCGGAAGCGCUAAAGUCCUGGUUAAAGGGGAACCAAACAUAUCUUAUAUAUGUUCAAGAUACUAUAGAGCACCUGAGCUUAUAUUUGGUGCUACUGAAUACUCAACAGCUAUUGAUAUUUGGUCUGGCGGUUGUGUUAUGGCCGAGCUUCUUCUUGGACAGCCUCUCUUUCCCGGUGAGAGUGGAGUCGAUCAACUGGUCGAGAUCAUAAAGGUAUUGGGUACUCCAACUAGGGAGGAAAUUAAGUGCAUGAAUCCAAACUAUACAGAAUUCAAAUUCCCACAGAUUAAAGCUCAUCCAUUGCACAAGAUCUUCCACAAGCGCACGCCUCCGGAAGGAGUGGAUCUGGUGUCGAGGCUGCUGCAAUACUCUCCUAGUCUUCGUAGCUCAGCGAUGGAGGUAUUGAUCCAUCCUUUCUUUGAUGAGCUCCGUGACCCAAAUACCCGAUUGCCAAAUGGGCGUUUCCUUCCUCCUUUGUUUAACUUUAAACCUCAAGAACUGAAAGGUGUUCCGACAGAAAUACUGGUGAAGUUGAUUCCGGUUCAUGCGAGAAAGCAGUUGAGUUUUCUAGGAUCGUCGUGAAAUGAAGCUGUUAAUUUGUCUUCUUGUUGUUGUAGUUAAUAUGCAAGUAAUGUAAUACAAUUACUAUUACUAGUGUUCAACUCUUGUGUAUAAACUAUAAAAUGAUACGUUUUGAUGUAACCUAGUCUCUUUUAUUAUUAUUCUUUUUUAUUUAGAAAAGAAGAUUAUGAGUGUGAAUUUUGUAGUGGGAGAUGAAGUUUAAUUUUCUGCUACAAAUAGUUUAUUUAUAAAUAUCAUGUGGAUUGAUGUUCAUUUAAGGAUAA